CAGCAGAGAAGUGCCAUUUCUCCCUCAAGACGCAUCUAAACAGGUGUAGAUCUAGAUGCUUUCUUUGUCUAGAUGGAGCCCUCAGGCACCCCAGAGUCCAUCACCCCUUUUGAAUAUGAUCCUCAGAGCUUACUGUGUGAGAGCAAGACCUUUACCUUUGCCACCAUCAGCACCACCAUCCUGUACCUCCUGGUGUUCCUCCUCAGCCUGGUGGGCAACAGCCUGGUGUUGUGGGUCCUAGUGAAGUAUGAGAGCCUGGAAUCCCUCACCAAUGUCUUCAUCUUCAACCUGUGCCUCUCAGAUCUGGCGUUCUCCUGCCUGUUGCCAGUGUGGAUCACGGCGUACCACUGGGGCUGGCUGCUGGGGGACUUCCUCUGCAAGCUCCUCAGCAUGAUCUUCUCCAUCAGCCUCUACAGCAGCAUCUUCUUCCUGACCGUCAUGACUAUCCACCGCUACCUGUCAGUGGUGAGGCCCCUCUCAUCCCUGCGUGUCCACACCCUCCAGUGCCGUGUGCUGGUGACCAUGGCUGUGUGGGCAACCAGCAUCCUGUCCUCCAUCCCUGAUGCUAUCUUCCACACAGUGCUUUCUUCACAGUGUCAGUACUCAGAAAGGAAGGGGUUCCUAACCUCGGUCUACCAGCAUAACGUCUUCUUCCUGCUCUCCAUCGGGAUUAUCCUGUUCUGCUACGUGGAGAUCCUCAAGACCCUGUUCCGCUCUCGGUCCAAACGGCACCCUCGGACAGUCAGGCUUAUAUUCACCAUCGUGGCAGCCUACUUCCUUAGCUGGGCUCCCUACAACCUGCUCCUGUUUCUGGAGACACUGCUGAAACUUGGGGUCAUCCAGAGCUGCGAGUUCAGCCAACAUAUGGAUUACGCCAUGCUCAUCUGCCGCAACCUUGCCUUCUCCCACUGCUGCUUCAACCCAGUGCUCUACGUUUUUGUCGGGGUCAAGUUCCGCAGACAUCUCAAAAGUCUGCUCCGGCACUUCCGGAUCUGUGGGCAGCAGGCAGGCAGCCUUCCUCAUCACGCAGCAGGCUCCUUCAAUUACGAGGGUGCCUCCUUCUAUUGA